AAAUUUUAAUUGACAUUAAUUAUAAUAAUAUUAUAUUACUAAUUAUGAAAUUAAUUUACAAAUUAUUUUAUAAAAAGUAUAUAUAAAAUGUUUGGUAGGAUAUUGUUAGAUUUUUUUCAGUACAUUUUGUUAUAACUAAAAACAAAACCCAGAUUUAUUGUCUAAUUUGAUAUAUUAUCUGUAUUAACUGUUAAGAUUUAAUAUAAAUAAUCAAAUAUAUCACAUUAAUUAACUUAUAGCUAUAUAUAUAUAUAUAUGAGUGUGUGUGUGUGUGUGUGUUAAAUCUUUGAACUAUUCAAUUUCAUAAGCAACAUCGAGGAGAAACACAGUACAAGUUAUAACAAAAUUAUUAAAAUGGCUUCAUCAAAGACAUGUUUUUUUCUUGUCUUCUUAUGUCUCGUUGUUCUCUUGAUUCCAAAAUCUGCACAAGCGGAAGGUGGUGGAAAGCCCUAUAUUCAAGGAGGUCCCUGCUCGCAAUUUCCAGACUGCAAUCAACAUUGCAUUGACUUAAAAUAUCCAGGUGGAGGAAAAUGCAUCAAAGUGGGUCAACGUAGCGAUUAUUUGACAUGUGCCUGUUUUGAAUAAUCUUAUAUGAUAACAUGUUUAAGAUAUUGAGCGAAUGUUAAAAUAUUAAUAAAAAUGUUACAAAUA